UGCGCAGGCUGCAUUCUGUCUUUCAAUACAGACACCGUCUAUGUGUGCGUUUCUAUGUGCAGGGACCUGGAGCUUUUAUCGGGGUCAAACAGGCAUCCAAACGUUUUCAGGAAGCGACGGAGAGGAGGAGUCAGGUCAACAUUUGUUGUUGUUGUUGUCGACGGGACAGUAUCCACGACCUGUCUGAAAGACUGCCAAGUCAAAGGACCGGCGGCACGUUCUCUCGGUACAGUUUCAAGUCUCCACCCCGGUGGAUGAAUGGCAAUGACGGCAGUGAGAGCGGUGGCAGUGGGGGGGCCGGCGUCUUUGUCCCGGUUUAGAGGAUCGCUGGUAGCGGCUGUGCUCGGUGACUGUGUCGGUGGAGAGUUUGAAGGAGCGGAGGAGGUUCCCAUGGAGAGGGUGCUGCAGCAUCUUAACAGCCUGGAUGACGAGAGCAAAGGAAAUGGUAUCCUGGAGUACAGUGAUGACACAGCUAUGGCACGCUGUGUGGUCCAGUCUCUACUUACUCGUACUGGCUUUGAUGAGCAUGACAUGGCUCGCAGGUUUGCUAAGGAGUACAGUGCAUCCCCUGGUCGUGGUUAUGGUUCUGGAGUGAUCCAGGUGUUGAAGAAGCUGUCCUCCCCUCAGCUCAGUGAUGUGUACCAGCCAGCCAGGGACCAGUUUAAUGGUCGAGGCUCCUUUGGGAAUGGGGGGGCCAUGAGAGCGGCCCCCUUCGCUCUGGCUUUCUCUAACCUGGAUGAUGUUAAAAGGUUUGCCCAUCUCGGUGCCAUGCUGACCCACUCCUGCUCUCUUGGUUAUAAUGGUGCUGUGCUGCAGGCGUUAGCUGUGCACCUCUCCCUGCAGGGGGCAUUACAUCUCCCUCAGCAGUUCAUCAGCCGGCUCAUCACAGAGAUGGAGGAAGUGGAGGCCAACGAAGCAACACUCAAUGAUGCCAGGAUCCUUAAAGAAGCAGAGAAACCAUUUUGUGAGCGCCUUCACAGAGUGAGAGACCUGAUGGACAAGAGCAAAGUCAGCAUAGAGGAGGUCAUCUCUGAAUUGGGUAACGGCAUCGCAGCUCUCCACUCAGUCCCCACUGCCAUCUUCUGUGUCCUCCAUUGCCUGGAACCACAGGAAUGCCUUCCAGAGCACUAUGGCGGCGUGGAGAGGACAAUAGCGUACAGCCUGGCCCUGGGAGGGGACACAGACACCAUAGCGUGUAUGGCAGGGGCCAUCGCGGGGGCCCAUUACGGCAUCGAAGCUAUUCCACAGUCGUGGAUUAAGUGUUGUGAGGGGGCAGAGGAUGCAGACAUGAACGCAGAGCGACUUCACAUGCUGUACCAGUCAUUACAAGGUGCAGGAAGUGGGACGGGGGAGCAGAGCAGUGAGGACACAUCUGAAAGUCAGUCAGCUUCUAACGGCACAGAAAAGAAAACCGGAGCCGAUUGAUUCUACAACUAAAGUUGACAGAAGGACUCAUAAACACAAACCCCAUUUACACACAGAAACAUUACAAACAGUUUGUUAACAGAACCUUUGGUUUAGGGCAAGAAAUCCAGCACUGCAAUGUUGUUUUACUUGUCAAAACAGCUCAUAGGUUUACAUCCUAAAUGUAUCAAUGGGAAAUGCAAAAUAAAGAAAGACACCACUUAUUAGGAAACAGGAUAUAGAACCAGAACAAACAUAAAAUCUCAAAGUCACAUCAGACGGAGCAGAUUGACUGUAACUGUUCUACAUAGUCCAUGCUGAAUAUACAUACACAGUUCUUUGUGCAAACACAAACACAGACUUCUCUCCUCCCCGCCUUUUCCUUUUUUGUGUUGAACAAUCUUUGUCAUGUGAGAGUUGCACUAUGAAUUGGCCAUGUCUUGUUCUAUCCUUUUGGAUGAUAAAAAUUAUUUAAUAAACUUUUUUAAAUUCA